GUUGUUAAGAUUGUUAUGACGGAAGAAAGUGUGAACCGUACAAGUGUAGACUCCCUCUCCAAUACAGACUCUAGAACGGAACCCUAUAACACCAUUUCUAGGACAGUUUCUAGUCCAAUACCUUUAGAAAGUACAACACCAAGUUCUAGUGGAGGCUUUUCUUCGAGUCCUUCCCUAAAGAGAACGAGACACAUAAUUGGUGAACAAGUAGUGCCAGAUUUUACAGUGGAGGGAAAUACGAAUAACAAUAACACUAUAAAAGAUCUAGAACCUCAACUUGAACCUUUCCCAGGCUUUAUUGAAAUAUAUAGUUCAUUGCGAAGUCCUAUAGAUGGACUCAAGGUUGCUGAUAGGAGGCGCAUGUUGAAAACUUAUUCCAAGUGUUUUACAGGAACGGAAGCCAUUGAUUGGAUGACAAAGAAACUUGAAUUGUCCAGAGAACAAGCUCAAGAUUUGGGACAACGUCUCAUAAGUGCUGGUAUCAUUCAACCAGUCUUUGGAAGCGACUCUUUUUGUGAAGGAGAAGCUUUUUUUCGAUUUCAAGAAGAUGAUGACUCGAAUGUUCUCAAUCUUAAGCGAAUAUGGGAUCCUUCACUACCAACAAGACACCCUUGUGAUUUAUCUCGAGAGCUUUUAACUAAAAUUGCACUCUUAUGUGAGAAUUAUCGUAUACAAUUGGCUGCCGACCGUCCUCAAGAUAUUCUAUCUCCUUAUGAAUUUGAUUAUCGAAAGUUGAAUGAGACUGAAGAGUUUCGACAGUAUUCUGUGGCUACAGCAGAGUUGCAAGGCAUAUGCUUAUCAGGACUAUCAGAAAAGGAAAGAUUGGUCUUUUUUAUCAAUAUUUACAAUGCUUUGUGUCUUCACGCGCAUAUUACACAUGGACCUCCUACUUCCUUUUUCAAGCGUUGGAUAUUCUUUCGUUCACUUUGUUAUCGCAUUGCUGGAAUAGACUUUUCAUUGGAUGAUAUUGAACAUGGUAUACUUCGAUGCAAUCGUUUUCCUCCAAGUCUUCGUUUUAUGAGACAAUUUCGUUCGGAUGAUCCUAAAACUCGAUAUAUGUUAUCCAAUAUUGAUGGCCGUAUUCAUUUUGUAAUUUCUGCUGGUACUCGUUCGGAUCCUCCCAUUCGGAUUCUCGAAGAAGAAUGUGUGGAAGAAGAAUUGCACUUUGCUACAGAAGAGUUUCUAAACCAAUCUGUACGCAUUUCAAAGGAACAGAAUGAAGUGAUAUUGCCUAAAAUAUUCUCUUGGUAUAGUGAUGACUUUCCUUGUUCUUCAAGUCUUUUACGUUGGGUUCAACAAUAUUUGUAUUCUGACGCAUCCAAAUUGUUGGAAACUAUGUUACAAGUCAAGGAUAGAAUACCCAAUAUACGAUAUGAGAACUUUGAUUGGCGUUCAGAAGCUCGCUUCAAUUCAGCUAUUGUACGUAGAAAGCGAAAGAGAAUGGAAAGAGAACGACAAAUGCAAUUACAAAGUGGUCAUAUCCUUAUUGAAGAGGAAAAGAGUGUUGACAAGUAAUGGAAUGAUGACUUUCUCAUAGUUGAAUACGAGUGUAU